CGGCCCAGGAUAACAUGGCUGCCGCAGUUCGGCGGCCGGGUCACGUUUUGCUGUUUACGCUGCAGAGUUCCGUGUCUCCCGGGGUGGGAGGCUCAGGCUCCACAUGCUGCCGCUGCCCUCUCGGAGCUAAAAGAUAUCUACUUACAGAUAAUGUUGUGAAAUUAAAAGAAUUUCAGCAUAAGAAGGUGGUUAUUGCAAAUCAUCUUCCUGGUACUAAAGCAACCUACCUGAGAAACAUGAAAGAGAAAUUGGCCCAGAAUAAGCUCAUCUUGAAGGACGAGUUGAAAACCUUCCUUCAUUUGUGUGAUACCCGGGAUGAUGUGGAACUGGCUAAAAAUGUCAUUUACAGGUACCAUACAGAGAACAGAAAUGUCACUUUGGGAGAGUAUAAAUUUGGACCACUUUUCAUGAGGUUGUGCUACGAGUUGGAUCUUGAGGAAUCUGCAUUGGAACUCAUCAAAGACCAGCAUUUACGAGGUUUCUUCUCAGACACCACGUCUUUCAAUAUUUUGAUGGAUAUGUUAUUUAUUAAAGGCAAAUAUACAAGUGCGCUGGAAGUGCUGAUAGAGAUGAAAAACCAAGAUGUGAAAUUCAACAAAGAAACCUAUGUCCUUGCUUUUGCAAUUUGCUACAAACUGAAUAGCCCUGAAUCUUUGAAAAUCUGUACUACAUUAAGAGAAGAAGCCCUAAUCAAAGGAGAAGUCCUCUCCAGGAGAGCAUCCUGUUUUGCUGUGGCACUAGCUCUGAAUCAGAUUUUGAUUCAUAUCCAGUCAAAUAUGUUGAAAACCCUGAUAAAGAUAUUAAAGGAUGCUGCAGACGGAAAUUUAUCAAAAUUUGUGAAAAGACAGGAGUUCUCAGAAGAAGUGCUGGCCAAAGCAAGGAAAAAAGUGAAGGAUGUACCCGCCCUUCUGGCCAAAUUUGAUGAGAUCUAUGGGAAACUCCACAUUAAUGGCCAGGUCACCACUUGCACUUUGGAUACUCUCCUCUGCCACACCCCUGGGGACAGAAAAUCCCACAUGGUACUAUUAAGUAAGAGGACAGUCAGCCAUCGGACCUUCCAGCCUCUCAACCAGUCUCUGUGGGCUGAAUAACCCUAUGCUCAAGUCACUCAUGGGUCUGAGCUGGAAGGGGCCUCCCAGUGAGUUAAUGGCUUCCUAAGAAAUCAGGCAUUGUACUCCAGUGGAUGCCAUGUUAACAAACACUUGGUCUCCUUAAAUUUCUGCGUUGAUUUCGAACUGUCAUGCUGAUCUGAGAAGUUAAUGUUGUGCCACCGUGAAGAUCUAAAUCGAGUCCAGCAGAAAGCUCCGCUCCCUCAGAAAGGACACUUCCUCUGUAUAAAGUUCUAAGGAUCCUUGAAGGAACAUGACUGUGGUCUCCAGUCCAACUGCCGGUACCAGCGUAGAACCAAGUAAGCACUAGUGGGAAGGAAAUUGCCAUAAGUGGUCAACUCCAGUAAAUUUUGGGGGGAGUAGUUACUUGCAGACUAUACUCUUGCUGAAUUCAGGAGGUCUGAAACCCUAUUUUGCUACUGUGGGCAAUGGUUCAGGAUGUUCUCACUGUUUCUGUCAUCAUAUGUCUGUGACCCUAAAUAAGAUGCUUGUGAAUCUGCAUAUUGACUUGAAAUUUUCAUUUAAGUUUCAUUAGGGUCACAUUUUUUCAAAAAUGAGAGAAAUAAAAGAUUCCUGAGAAGA